GAAGAUGAAAGGAGAAGGAGGAGGAGGCAACAGCGGCAGCCAAACUUAAUAAAUAAUUCUGACGAUUCCUGAUAUCAAAUGGAGGCCUCUGAGUGGGACCCACUGAAAAAUGACACCCUUCCGCCGACCCUGACGCCAGCUGUCCCUCCGUAUGUGAAGUUGGGCCUGACCAUUGUAUAUACUGUUUUUUAUUCACUGCUUUUUGUGUUCAUCUAUGUCCAGCUCUGGCUGGUCCUUCACUACAGGCACAAGAGGUUCAGUUACCAAACUGUCUUUCUGUUUCUGUGCUUGUUUUGGGCCUCUCUUAGGACUGUGCUCUUUUCAUUUUACUUCAAAGACUUUGUCACAGCAAAUUCUCUCAGCCCCUUCAUCUUCUGGCUUCUCUAUUGCUUCCCAGUCUGCCUCCAGUUUUUUACCCUGACCCUGAUGAAUCUUUACUUCACACAGGUGAUUUUCAAAGCUAAGUCAAAGUAUUCCCCAGAGCUACUGAAAUACAGGUUGCCCCUCUACCUGGCUUCUCUUUUCAUAAGUCUGCUCUUCCUCUUGGUGAAUUUAACAUGUGCAGUAUUGGUGAGGACACAGAAUUCAGAGAGAAAAGUCAUUGUCUCUGUCCGGGUGGCAAUUAAUGACACGUUGUUUGUGCUGUGCGCUGUUUCACUCUCCAUCUGCCUGUAUAAGAUUUCCAAGAUGUCUUUAGCCAACAUUUACUUGGAGUCCAAGGGCUCAUCUGUCUGUCAGGUGACAAGUAUAGGAGUGACUGUUAUACUACUUUAUACCUCACGAGCCUGUUACAACUUGUUCAUCUUAUCGUUUUCCCAAACCAAGAAAGUAAAUUCCUUUGAUUAUGAUUGGUACAACGUAUCAGAUCAGGCAGAUCUGAAAUGUCAGCUGGGAGAUGCAGGUUACAUAGUGUUUGGAGUGAUCCUUUUCAUCUGGGAGCUCUUGCCUACUUCCUUGGUGGUGUAUUUCUUCCGUGUCCGAAACCCUACAAAAGAUCUAGCCAACGCAGGAAUGGUCCCAAGCCACGGCUUCAGUCCCAGAUCUUACUUCUUUGACAACCCUCGCAGAUACGACAGUGAUGACGACCUAGCAUGGAAUAUUGCACCCCAGGGGGCACAGGGCAGUUUCUCUCCAGACUACUACGACUGGGGCCAUCAGAACAACAGCUUCAUGGCUUACAUAGGAUCCCUCCAACAAGAUCCAGCACUGGACACAGACCGGCCAAGCCCUAUGUAACUUCAGUCAACUACAGCGUUCUAGGACAUUCCACUAUUAAAACAAAUGUUCUGAAAAACAGCGCUUAGCAAUUUUUCUUCACCUUUUGGUUUUUAGAAGUGUUCCUAUACACAGAUAAAUGAAGAACUUGGCUUUGCCACGAGCUUUUCAUAGUUCAAGGAGAAGUAUAAGCUAAUGAUUUAAACUUUGAAGAAUUCUAAUUAAUACCUUGUUCUAAGCCAUGGUCUUUUUGGCUUUGAAUAGAGUUGUUGGUAUAAUUUAAUCAUUUUAUGCUCAUUUUAAAAGAGCAAACUUCAUGAAGUGAAAUGGCAUAAUUAUUUUCUAAGUAUUUUUAUUUUUACACUGUGUAUUACGUUAGAAACACGAUUAUGAUGAAUAUACUGUAAACACACAAAUGGGUUGUUCAAAUGCAUGACAGUAGCGAUUCUUACAUGCACAUAAAAGCCUGUAAGGGAAAAAUUUCAACCCGAUUAAAUACUGUCAAGUUA